AUAAUGACCACUCCCCUUCCACCACCAUUACAUUAGAUCAAGGAUGGCUCUUUAUAAAGAAACCCUCAGAGUUCUAAAUGGAGAAGAGGAAUUCAUUGGACUACAGAGAAAUAAACUUUGGAUUGUUGCAUUCGGUCAGCAUGCUCAACUCAAUGAUACUCUUCUGGUGGACGCUCAAUCUCAUCCACAUGGCAUCUGGGCUGGUCCAUGGCAACAUGCGUUUGGAUGACACUCAUCCCAGCCUGAGAAGGAGCGAGGACUCUUUCCUCCCAGAUAUAGGGAAAAUCUCCGUAUCCAGUGUGGAUCCAGUGCAUUUCAGAACUGAAUUUGAGGAGGAGCAGAUGAUGGUGGACACAGGAUCUUAUGAUGAGGAUGAUGCUGAGGCAGUACAGCUCCAGAGCAGAGCUAUGCGUUCACCUCGACGUUGUAUCCCCCACUUUCAGUUCUGCCAGCAGGGCCACCACCUGCCUUGCUGUGAACCAUGUGACACCUGUCACUGCCGCUUCUACGGAGCCUAUUGCUCCUGUCGCCGGGUUGGACAGGACUGUACCCAUGGACGCACUUAGUACAAUCCACUGCCCCCUCCACCCCAUCUUUGUCCCAUUGCCAACCAAUUCUGACUAUACUGAACAUAGUGUUAUAGGUAUAUUCCUAUGAGACCAAAAAGAUAUGCAGACUCAAUGGGUGAGUCUAUUCUUUAUUCCUCUGUGUGAUUUCAUUUGUUAUGUAUUCUAACAUAUGUAUAAUCCUUUCGGUUUGAAUUUACAAUGCAAUGAAACAGAAAAUGUUACUUAUGAUCAAGAGGCUAAUGUCUAUGUUUAUUCAUCUGAUGGAGAAUUUAAGUCAUGAUUAAAAGGAAAGAUUUGG